AUGCGCCACUUGGAUGGAUGUCAGCUGAGUGCUAUGCCACAACGAUGUAUUCGGCGAUUGUCAGUGAGUUUCGAGAGUGGUCGGACGUACGAAUGGAUCACGCCUUUUGUAUGUCUGUUUGCAUGUAUAUUGUACGUAUGUUUUUAUUAUUUAUAUUUGCUAAUAUAUGGGGAUUGGCCAGCGUUAAAACCUGAAGAAUGGAUAUCGAAAGAAGCUGGUGAAUUAAUCGUGGCAUUAUGGCUUCCAAUCCUCUUCAUUUUACUGCUCAUAUUUGUUCAUAUGAAAAAAUUCGAAACUUCACUGGACAUUACAUUACAUCCAUCGUCACCCAUCUCACAAACAGUUUUCGUACAUUACGAUACCAUUCUGUCGCUCUCUAUUUGUAUAUUUGCCGCAUGCAAUAUAUCUGUAAUCGGUCUUCUGCUUAUGUUGCUUUCGUUACUUAUUUUCAUCUCAAAACCAAAAAUAUGUAGAGUGGCCAGUUGUAUUGCGAGCAUCCUUCUGGCACUAAUAUGGCUGUUCUCAUUUCUGAGUUCGGCAAUGCAGUUACCCGUACUCGUGUUUCCGGAGAGUUGUCAGCAAGCUUUCGUUAUCGAUCGAAAUACCGCACAGUGGCUAGGAUUUUGGCCUGCACAGACAUGGCCAGUUAUAGUGUUGUUAUUCAUGAUUUCGAUGCGACCAGCAGUUGCAGUUGACAAAUCGCAAUGGCUGAGUGAGAUAAAGCGAGUUGAUGCCGAGAAGGAUAUCACUUCCCUGAUGAAAUAUUUAGCAAAAUAUUGGAUGCAUAAGUUUGGUGUUGAAGCGUCUUUGAUUUGUGGACUCAUAUUGGCGUGUAUUCAUAAGGAUAUCUUCGGUCUUUUCUUAUUAAUCUCAGUAUUGCUGUUGAGAAUAUUUGCAAGGCACAGACAAGCGUUACUCUGGGCUGCCUAUACACGUACCUUAUUAGCAGUUCUAAUUGUGGAAUACGUUUCAACUUUGGGCACUCCUCAUCAGUUCUCGAAAUGUUUUCUGCAAUUCUGGAGUGUUUGGCCAAAAUCGAUUAAACGCUACUUCCUCUUACCGUCCUCAGCAUCAUCGAAUCCAAUCAUUAUUUUUGAUUAUAUUCUUGUGCUGUUCCUCUUCGUUCAAAAAGAUGUGUUCGGCAGAGAUGAUGAUCAUCCGGGUGGUGACAACACACCGCUAUCGGAUCCGCAUCAGCCAAUUCCUCCGAUGUACAAAGAUUUCAUUUCAACUAAAGGGUAUCUAUCCUCCUAUUGUAUAAUCCUUGAAAUUUUGUCAAGUGUUCAAAUGGUUCCUACUUGA